CAGGACCUGAAAACAAAACAUGGGAUCGAAGAAGCGUCGUAGGAGCCGAUCGCGGUCCCGACCUUCAGAAAGAUCCAGUAGACAUGUCCGCUCGCGCUCGCCGGAGGACAGACACGGUCGGAACCGCUCUCCCGGGAAAGGUCCUCGCAGACGAGCGCGGUCUGAGAGCGGAGGAUCCGCAGACCCGAGCCGACACCGAGGGAGAGAGUCCGGCCACUCCAGCGACUCUGACCGCGACCACAGAGACAGAAGAGCACGAUCACACCGAAGAUCGAAAGACGGAGACAGCUCUUCAGGUGAUAGUCACAAUAAUCAGAAGAAACAUGAGACGAAGAGGAAACACAAGGAUGAAAAGAGCAGCAGGAGGAGCAGUAGAAGCUCCUCACGUUCCAGCUCAGAGUCCAGCGUGGAGCGAAGCAGAGCCAGAGAUGGCAGGAGCAGCGAGAGAGAGCAGGGGAGACGACAGAGCAGGAGCUCCAGCCGAGAGAAAGACCGAGAGGGGAGGAGGAGAAAGAGCAGAGAGAGGGAUCGAGACAGACGUAGACGCUCUGAAUCCAGAUCCUCGAGUUCCUCGAGCUCCUCUGCUGACUCUGAUCAGGGUCAGGGAGGCAAGACGACACAGGGAUCCUCCUCCUCCAAAGAAGACAAGAAGAAGCAGAGGGAGAUGAUGAAGGCGCUGGAGACCCCAGAGGAGAAGAGAGCCAGACGUCUGGCCAAGAAAGAGGCCAAAGAGAGGAAGAAGAGGGAGAAGAUGGGCUGGAGUGAAGAGUACAUGGGCUACACCAACGCCGACAACCCGUUUGGAGAUAACAACCUGCUCGGCACCUUCAAAUGGCAGAAGGCUCUGCAGAAGAAAGGCAUCGGGCAUUUGUCAGAAAAAAAUCUGAAGGAGAGAAAUAAACACAUCCAGCAGGAAAACCGCAGGGAACUACAAAAGGUGAAGCAGCUGCGUCUGGAGCGAGAGCGGGAGAAGUCCAUGCGCGAGCAGGAGCUGGAGAUGCUGCAGAGAGAGAAAGAGGCCGAACAUUUCAAAACGUGGGCGGAACAGGAAGACAACUUUCACCUGCAGCAGGCCAAACUGAGGUCUAAGAUCCGGAUCCGUGACAGCCGAGCGAAGCCCAUCGACCUGCUGGCUAAAUACAUCAGCGCUGAAGACGAUGAUCUGUCGGUGGAGAUGCAUGAACCGUACACCUUCCUCAACGGACUCACUGCCACAGACAUGGACGACCUGCUGGAGGACAUCAAGGUGUACAUGGAGCUGGAACAGGGCAAGAAUGUGGAUUUCUGGAGGGAUAUGACCACCAUUACUGAAGACGAAAUCAGCAAAUUGCGCAAACUGGAGGCGUCAGGCAAAGGACCAGGUGACCGUCGUGAGGGCAUAAACACAUCCGUCAGCACAGACGUGCAGAGCGUGUUUAAAGGGAAGACGUACAGUCAGCUUCAGGCUCUCUAUAUGAACAUCGAGAAUAAGAUCAAGGCAGGAGGCUUCAACCUGGACAUCGGCUACUGGGAGAGUCUCCUGCAGCAGGUGCGGGUCUACAUGGCACGAGCCAGGCUGAGAGAACGGCAUCAGGACGUCCUGCGGCAGAAGCUGUAUAAACUCAAACAGGAACAGGGUGUGGAGAGCGAACCGCUUUUCCACAUCAUCAAAGAACAGCUGCAGAAUGAGCAGCCCAUUAGCCCUACAGCGGCGGAAUCUGCAGAUGAGGAGCCGGGCGGCUCUCAGCAAGGUGACGAUGGAGACAGACGGACCAAGAGGCUGGAUGAAGAAGAGGGUGAGCGGUCUGGAAGGAGCAGUCCUGAGGAGAGAAAGGGAGGAGAGGGGGAGGAGGGAGAGAAAGAUGAAGCCCCGGAGGCCGUGUUAACAGAGGAGGAUUUGAUCCAGCAGAGUCAGGCGGAGUACGACUCCGGCCGCUACAGUCCCACCCUCCUGCAGCCCUCAGAGCUACCGCUGGACACACACAUCAUCAACGUGGAGGAGGACCUGCAGAGACUCCAGCUGGCCCGGACACAGCAGCAGGUGACCGGCGAUGCAAAUGAAAGCGCCGAAGAUGCAUUUGUGCGUCGCGCUAAAGAGGGCAUGGGUGGCGACGAGGCCCAGUUCAGCGUUGAAAUGCCUUUGACUGGAAAAAUGUACCUGUGGGCCAACAAAUACCGUCCACGUAAGCCCCGCUUCUUCAACCGCGUCCACACCGGCUUCGAGUGGAACAAAUACAACCAGACGCAUUACGACUUCGACAACCCGCCGCCCAAGAUCGUCCAGGGCUACAAGUUCAACAUCUUCUACCCUGAUCUCAUCGACAAGCGCUCGACUCCGCAGUACUUCCUCGAGCCCUGUCCUGACAACAAAGACUUUGGAAUACUGCGCUUCCACGCCGGCCCACCGUACGAAGACAUCGCAUUUAAGAUCGUGAACCGUGAAUGGGAGUAUUCCCAUCGCCAUGGUUUCCGCUGCCAGUUCGCCAAUGGAAUCUUUCAGCUGUGGUUCCACUUUAAGCGAUACCGAUACAGGCGAUGAAGAGGACGAGGUUGAGUUGUAUUAGCAAAGUGUUGAAUAUCGGGAACACUGAACGUUAAUCUUUAAAUGCUGUAAAAUUGGUGUAAAUCUAGAAAAAGUACUACAAUCUCUGUUUAUUGAUUUCAUUAGCAUCUUCCGUUAGUGGAAGAACAGGUGUUCAACGGAAUAGACCUUAAUAUGUGAUCUUGUCCUUGUUGAAAAUCCUGUUUUGUACAUUUCCUUAUUUGCAGGCUCUUAUCUUGCAUUUGAUUCCUUUUUUUUUUUUUAAACGUGUUUGUUGGUUGAGCUUGAAAAUGCUAUUUUUGUACUAUUUGCUUUUGAGAUGAUACAGUAAAGAUUUACUAAUUUUUAAUUGCUUAACGUCGUCAUUUGUGCUCAAUUUUAAAAAUAAAUUUUACACCUUGACAUUUAAUUUGCUGUUCAUUGGAAAAAGCCAUUUACAAAGAGAAUUUACAGCAUUUUAGGUACAUAGAUGGUAUUAAAGUUAAAAUGAUAUUUCUGCAGUACAUUCAUA